GGCGCUACCGCCAUCCUCCCGUACAUACGUUACAGCUGGUGGAGCUGAGCGGGGAGAACGAGGAAACGUAGUCUUUGUUGUAUCCGCCAUGGCUUGAGGGGUUCUUUACAGCUCGAGAGGUAUUCAGUCAAACGCUUUCACCGCUCCUUGAACGCUGGGCUCUUCAUCUGUUCCUUUCUUUUAAGGGCUUAGCGUUAGAGAGAGUAUGACGCCCGCAAACAACUGGAUCUCGUUCUCCUACCCUCCGAUGGAAAUGUUCCUGCGUCCCUGUGGCUACGAUCAGAUCGGUCCGUUCCAGUCCUUGCUUCAGGCGCCGAAGCUCGAGGACAUGCUCGGCGGGCAGCGAUCAUCGCCGAUGGAUCCGUGCUCCGACACCCUGACUGACGGCCAGGAUUCAUCGUCUCUCGGCACGGUACAUGAUCAUCUUCAGAACCCGAUCCCGCCGAACCCCCGCUAUCUGGGCGCCUUCCCCCUCCCCCUCGGCAACUCCGUUAGCUCGGAGGUGGACGACUCGGCGUCGGCGCCGGGGGGUCAGCUUGGUGGCUUCCCGCCUGAAGCCGGGAUGGUCUUGGCCAAGCGGUGGCCGCUUCCGCCUGCGUUUCCAGCGCCGGGAAGCUCCGCUGGAGCCGCGUCGGAGAGGACGGCGGCGGUCGGAUCGUGUCAGAGGACAUCGGUGUACCGAGGGGUGACCAGGCACCGAUGGACGGGCCGGUAUGAGGCCCACUUAUGGGACAACACGUGCCGGCGCGAGGGGCAGAAGCGGAAGGGCAGGCAAGUGUACUUGGGUGGAUAUGACAAUGAAGAAAAAGCAGCAAGGGCCUAUGAUCUUGCAGCUUUGAAAUAUUGGGGUCCUAUUGCCACUACAAACUUUCCGGUAAAAAUUUAUAGCAGGGAAAUUGAGGAGAUGAAGAGCAUGUCCAAGCAAGAGUUUAUUGCAUCGCUGAGAAGAAAGAGCAGCGGUUUUUCGAGGGGGGCUUCUAUCUACAGAGGAGUGACAAGGCAUCAUCAACACGGGCGGUGGCAAGCAAGGAUAGGUCGUGUUGCAGGCAACAAGGAUCUUUACCUAGGAACAUUUUCCACGGAAGAAGAAGCUGCUGAGGCCUAUGAUGUUGCUGCAAUCAAGUUCAGAGGUGCCAGUGCAGUCACCAACUUUGAACUUAGUCGAUAUGAUGUGGAAGCUAUUGCAAAUACCGAUCUGCCCAUCGGAGCAACUGCAAGACGGAUCAAGCAAUCUCUCCAAGCCAGCAACAACCAUCUCACUCUCAGCAGCUCAUCCAUCUCGCAGCAACCAACCCCCAUGCCCUCUGCUUUCCUUCACGGCAUCUUGCAGCUUCAUACUAGUUCUGGACCAUCCGGACCCCUGGCUCACUCCGGUUUGGUGCCAAGUGAGCCAGAUGUAUGCAGCCAGAGUCUGUACUGGCUGACUGCUAAUGAUCAAAAUAGCAGCCAAGUUGACAACCAACCAAUGGGAGUGGUAUUCUCCAGCUGACACACCUUGCACCUUCCCAGUAAUCUGAUCUUUUGAAUGCUGGCUCCACAGUAGCUCAGAUGCGAAGUUUUUUGUAUGAAACUAAUGCCAACUUCCAUAGGUCACAGGUCUCUCUUCAGUAGAUGUUACUUUCUGUAUAAACACCGGCAACAUUCUAAUGGAAAACUCUCUCUGAAAGUCUCUUCAGAUUGAGUUCAAAAAUCACAAAUGGUUUGAUGCUUUGCUACAUGGCCAGGCAGUUUGUUCAUUUCACUUUUACGGGGGUCCACUCUCUUUGGGUUAAGUAUUAUUUUCAGCUACAAUGCAGUCAAGAAACCCUGGAAUUGAUGGGGAAUUGGACCAGGAAUGUGGAGAUCCUCAUCCUCUUAUUUUUGGUGAACGGAUGGUCCUGUUAUUGAUAUUAUCAGUUCUGCAGAAUUAUAAGUUGUGCUGAUGUGGUUGCCGCGUA